ACUAAGCACCAUGGAUCAGGUUAUGCAGUUUGUUGAGCCCGGCCGGCAGUUCGUGAAAGACUCCAUCAGGCUCGUUAAGAGGUGCACAAAACCCGACAGAAAAGAAUUUCAGAAGAUUGCAAUGGCCACAGCGAUUGGGUUUGCCAUCAUGGGAUUCAUUGGUUUCUUUGUCAAGCUCAUUCACAUCCCCAUCAACAACAUCAUUGUUGGCGGUUAGGUCCUGAUCACUCAGACUUCAUCUUGUGGGGACAGGAGAUGGCGGUGCAGUGUUAACAGCUGGUGUGAUUGGGGGGGAGGGGGGGAUUGUCGGGAUGGCAUUUUUACAUUCUGUGCUCAACAUUUAUAUGUCACUGUGUAAAUAAAAAUAAUUGGAAAUCUGA